UAUAUAUAUUGCCUUCUUGGCUGUACUUGUGCACAAUUCAUCUCUCCCUCUCUUAAGAAUAACUUAACAAGGAUGGUCAUCACUACCACCAUUGCUGCAGACUCCGAUGAGUUUCUGUACUGCACUUUUGCUUCCAGAUAUGUUCGCAGUCCUGUUCCAAGGUUUAAGAUGCCAGAGAAGUCGAUGCCAAAGGAAGCGGCGUAUCAGGUGAUUAAUGAUGAACUGAUGUUGGAUGGGAAUCCAAGGCUUAACUUGGCUUCUUUUGUCACCACUUGGAUGGAGCCUGAGUGUAAUGAUCUCAUCUUGGCUUCUAUUAACAAGAACUAUGUUGAUAUGGAUGAGUACCCUGUUACAACUGAGCUCCAGAAUCGGUGUGUGAAUAUGAUAGCCCACCUGUUCCAUGCUCCUGUUGGAGAUGAUGAAACUGCAGUUGGGGUGGGGACUGUGGGAUCAUCAGAGGCAAUUAUGCUGGCUGGAUUAGCUUUUAAAAGGAAAUGGCAGAACAAGAGAAAAGCAGAGGGCAAACCAUAUGAUAAGCCCAACAUUGUGACGGGAGCUAAUGUGCAAGUCUGUUGGGAGAAAUUCGCAAGGUACUUCGAAGUUGAACUAAAGGAAGUGAAGCUGAAAGAGGGCUAUUAUGUGAUGGACCCUGUGAAAGCAGUUGAAAUGGUGGAUGAGAACACAAUCUGUGUUGCAGCCAUUUUAGGAUCAACAUUGACGGGAGAGUUUGAAGAUGUGAAGCUUCUUAAUGAACUACUCACUAAAAAGAAUGAGGAAACUGGAUGGGACAUCCCAAUUCACGUCGAUGCUGCCAGUGGAGGUUUUGUUGCUCCUUUUGUUUGCCCAGAUCUUCCGUGGGAUUUCCGUUUGCCAUUGGUGAAGAGUAUUAAUGUAAGUGGUCAUAAGUAUGGCCUUGUUUAUCCUGGUGUUGGUUGGGUUGUGUGGAGGGCUAAAGAAGACUUGCCGGAGGAGCUUAUUUUUCACAUUAACUACCUUGGAUCUGAUCAACCCACUUUCACUCUCAACUUCUCAAAAGGCUCUAGUCAAAUAAUUGCUCAAUAUUAUCAGUUUAUAAGGCUUGGUUUUGAGGGUUAUAAGAAAGUUAUUGAAAACUGUAUGGAAAAUACAAGGGUGCUGAAAGGAGGACUUGAGAAAACAGGGAGGUUUGACAUUGUCUCCAAAGAUGUUGGAGUGCCUCUUGUGGCCUUCUCUCUCAAAGACAGCAGUAAAUACAGUGUGUUUGAUAUGUCUGAGAACUUGAGAAGAUUUGGCUGGAUAAUUCCGGCGUACACAAUUCCAGCAGAUGCCGAGCAAAUUGCUGUUCUUCGAGUGGUGGUCAGGGAAGAUUUCAGCCGGAGUCUGGCUGAAAGACUCAUCUGGCACAUUGAGCAAGUUUUGGAGGAAAUGGACUCACUUCCUAUCCAGAUGUCCACCAAAGCUGCCACUGUUAAGAAACAACUGGAGAGCACUGAAGGGCAGAAGGUAGUUAAAAAGAGUGAGAAGGAGAUGCAGGAAGAGAUCACUCGGUAUUGGAGGCGGCUUGUAGAUGGCAAGAGAAUUGGAGUGUGCUAGGCGUCUGCUAUUGACUUACUGUUCUCUUUCUGUGAGCCUUCUUGUUGUUUGAUAGUAUCAUAAAUGUGAGAAAAUAAAACAUGUAUUUUGGGAAUUAGAAAAGAAGACGAUGAUUUAAAAGCAAUAAUGUCUAGUUUCUUGCA